AUGAACCAUGAUGCCGCGUCCACCUCCUCGGCGCGGAUCCCCGACCGGCUCUCACCACCUGGCGCCGCUGCCAAUGCCGACGCCGACGACGCGGAGGCAGAUGCCGAAUCUCGUCAUCGUCCCGAGUCGCGGCAGCGCUCGAGGUCCAGCAACGGCCGGCAGCGCAGGAGGAGGAGGAGCAAGAAGAAGCAGAAUCCGGGGCUGGCCAAGAAGCUCGCCUUUCUCACACACCUGCUCAAGACGCUCGACCUCGUCUUCUUUGCUGAGCUGAGCUCCUUGUACUAUAUGGAAUGUUCCAUAUUUCGAUUCUUCUUGCGGGCCGCGCCCCAGUACAUGUAUCUCACCCCAAAGGACGAAUCCUUUGCCCUCUUGAUGCCGGCUACCCAGCUUCACGUCAUUCUGAUAGUGGUGCCGAACCUGCUGUGCAUGGCAUUGCAUCUUUUUGGCUCGCUGCCCACCGGCCCCGAAUACCACCGAGGAUACCAACAUGGAGGAAUGAUUAUCGACUUCAUCGGCCAACUGCCCGCCGGCUUUAGGCUGUAUUACUUAAUGGCAGACCUGUUCAUCCUAUUCAUCCAGUGUCUGAUGCUUACGAUACACAACCAACGGGAGAGCCUACGUGUCGCUCUCAAGACGUUCCGGCCGCUUAUAUCUGAGAUGGUUCUGGAGCCUAUCGCUCCUCGUUCGCCAGAGGACUUGGACGCGGAGGAACGCGGAGUUUCUCGGCACGUGCCGGGCCUGAUGAUUAACGAGACGGACGAAAUUGAGCUGCAGCAGAUUGGUAGACCGGGAGACGGGGAGGGACCGGAAGAGCGUAACGAGCAAUCCGGAUUGGCCGCCGGAGACUCUGGUGACGAGCCGCCGAGAACGCACUUGUCCGACAUUAUGAGUUCCGGCAACGCUGUUCUCAGCGAAUAUCACAUAAUCCACACGAUGAGGAACGCUGCAAUGAACACGGGGGGCUCGACUGCGUUGUCUCUACAAUCGAUCGGGUAUAGGGCCACCAUGGCGAGCAUGCAGGGACGACGCCGAGGAGCGACUCUC